AUGGCACACAUCAAACAUACUGCCAAGUGUAAAAUCUCAUCUCUUGGUCUAGAAAAGAAUUUUCACAAUUAUUCAAGCUCUGAAUCUGAUGAUCAAGAAAAAGAUCACAAUACUGCCUCUCCUCCUCAAGCACCCUCUCAACCUCCUACUCCAAAAUCCAAAAACCUCUCCUCUUCAAACACCAUUGCCUCUACACCGAUUAGGAGAUCCUCCAGAAUUUUGUUUGGGGUUGUCUCUUCAAAGAAAAAGGUUCCUCAGGACAACAUUAUCCAUGUAGUUGAUACGGAUGAUUCUGAGGAAAUCACGUCUGCGACAUCCAUCCCUAAAUCAUCAUAUGAAAAAACCACUCCAAAAAGGUCUAAAAAACAACCUUCUUCCAAAAAAUCACAUUCUUCUUCAUCCAAAACAACUUCUACUAUUCCUCUUUUUGAUUCUCCAGAUUUAGAGACAAAUUAUAUUUUCAAAUGGCAAAAUAAAUAUGUAGUCAAUGGAAAACACAUUGAUCUUGAUGACUUGAAACAAGGUGGUUUCAAGGUCGAAGAAAUGUUUGAUCAACUAGGGUGGACCUCUUUCUUUAGGAUAAAUGAACCCCAAUACUCACGCCUCGUGAAAGCUUUCUAUGCUGUGUGUAAUGGCUCUAAAGGAAGCUAUGGUUUUAGCUUCAUACUCAAAGGAGUUCAUUUGGAAGUCAAUCCCACCAUAUUAUGCCAAAUCCUUGACCUUCAAGAUGCAGGGGCUUAUUGCUUUUCUGAAACAUGGUAUGCACAAUAUAAAAUCACUCGAACCUCUGUCAUUCAAAAUAUUUUGAUAAAUUCCCCUAAACCUCUUGUGGCUUCAAACCUUCACCAUCUAUGUCAUGUUCUUCACAACAUAUGUGUCCACUCUGUAGUGCCUAGGGCAGGAAGUUUUGAAACAGAAACCGAGCUUGAUAUUCUGAUUAUCCAUCAUCUAUUGUCUGGAACAACUCUUCAUUUGGGAAAUAUAAUUUUUAGCUUCAUGUUGAAUGUUGUUGUCUUAGGCCGAUUAGCUCCCUAUGGGAUGAUCCUGAUAAAAGUGUUUAAAUUUUUUAAAGUACCUCUUGAUGAUGAACCGUGUGUUUAG